GCUCCCUUGACGCCCUGCACCGGCGGCUGGAGUGCGCGUGCGCGUCGGGGGCGUUAGCGGCGGACCCGGCUGGCAGUACCUUCCUCGGAAGGAGCGAUUCCUCUGCCAUGGAGUCCUACGAUGUGAUCGCCAACCAGCCUGUUGUUAUCGACAACGGAUCCGGUGUGAUUAAAGCUGGUUUUGCUGGUGAUCAGAUCCCGAAGUACUGCUUUCCAAACUAUGUGGGCAGACCCAAGCACGUCCGAGUCAUGGCAGGAGCCCUCGAAGGAGACAUCUUCAUUGGCCCCAAAGCUGAGGAGCAUCGAGGGCUGCUGUCCAUCCGCUACCCUAUGGAGCACGGCAUCGUCAAGGACUGGAACGACAUGGAGCGCAUCUGGCAGUAUGUCUACUCCAAGGACCAGCUGCAGACUUUCUCAGAGGAGCAUCCUGUGCUCCUGACUGAGGCGCCUUUAAACCCACGGAAAAAUCGAGAACGGGCUGCCGAAGUUUUCUUCGAGACCUUCAAUGUGCCGGCCCUUUUCAUCUCCAUGCAAGCUGUGCUCAGCCUCUAUGCCACAGGCAGGACCACAGGUGUGGUGCUGGAUUCUGGGGAUGGCGUCACCCAUGCUGUGCCCAUUUACGAGGGCUUCGCCAUGCCUCACUCCAUCAUGCGCAUUGACAUCGCUGGCCGAGAUGUCUCUCGCUUCCUUCGCCUCUAUCUGCGCAAGGAGGGCUACGAUUUCCACUCGUCCUCCGAAUUUGAGAUUGUCAAGGCCAUAAAAGAAAGAGCCUGCUACCUGUCCAUAAACCCCCAGAAGGACGAGACGCUGGAGACAGAGAAGGCUCAGUACUACCUGCCUGAUGGCAGCACCAUCGAGAUCGGACCUUCCCGCUUUCGGGCCCCGGAGCUGCUGUUCAGGCCAGACUUGAUCGGUGAGGAGAGUGAGGGCAUCCAUGAGGUCCUGGUGUUCGCCAUCCAGAAGUCUGAUAUGGACCUGCGGCGCACCCUGUUCUCCAACAUUGUCCUCUCAGGAGGCUCCACCCUGUUCAAAGGUUUUGGUGACAGGCUCCUCAGUGAAGUGAAGAAACUGGCUCCCAAAGACGUGAAGAUCAGGAUAUCUGCGCCACAGGAGAGACUGUAUUCCACGUGGAUUGGGGGCUCGAUCCUUGCCUCGCUGGACACCUUUAAGAAGAUGUGGGUCUCCAAGAAGGAAUAUGAGGAAGAUGGUGCCCGCUCCAUCCACAGGAAAACCUUCUAAUGUGGAGAUGUCAUCUUCACCUCUCUGAAGUUAACUCCACUUUAAACUCGCUUUCUUGAGUCGAACGAUUGUGAGGAACUGCCUGUGUGUGCGUGUGUGGGCGUAUGAGUGUGCACAGAUGCGAGUGCGUGUGGCCCGAGGACCUCUGGGCCCAGAAAGGACGAUGCUUCCCCGCGACGGCGACAGCCGAGGCCUGGGCUUGACCACCAACGGGCCCCGGCAGGGAAGAAUGCCGCAGAGGCCCGCUCCUCCCUCAGCGGACCUGCACCUGGCUGUGUGGGACUCAGCACUGCCGUGGGGAGACGCUCCUGCCCUCCCCCAGGGUGCCCAGGGCCUGAGCUGCUGCCUGCCCUUGGCGCCCUCCUGCUGUCCUUGCCUCCUCCAGUGGACCAUGGACUGGGGUUGGGGUGAAGUUCUGUCUGGCCUGCUUGUCUGUCAGUCGUGAGAGGCCGUGAAAGGACUUUGGGGUGGCACGGUGCCCUCACAUCCACUCGGGCCCGGGACCUCCCUGGGCAUUCGCAGUGGGCAUUCGUGCCACCUGUGAUUGGCUGCAGAGGUAAUGCCCCAAGCCCAGUCCAUCCCGGGGCCUCAGAGCUUAGGAGACCUUCCCGGCCCUGGUAGUUCGCUUCUCAUCCAUCCUUGUUUCAGUGCCACCCUAACAGGUUUAUUUAUUGAAGUAUUUGUUCAGUGAGGAGACUGGGGGCCCGGGGCUCCCGCCUUCUGCCUGCCAGCCACCAUGUCACACUGAUGUUUACAGGGUAGCAUCCAGGGCCUGCACUCCCUGCUGACAUGAACUGACCAUAUCCACCUCUUUCCUUCUGCCACCUCCACUCGCUCGCUGCCCUGGAACCAACAGGCUGGCUGCUGGUUGAAUUUUCUGAGACAGGACAUAGAAUCACUCUGGCAGAGCCCUGGCAGGGGAGGGCUACUGGGGAUCCAGUCCUUUGCACUGGAGAAAGCUGCAGUUUACCAAGUUGCUUUUUGCCAUUCUUCGUGACCUGGGCAGCAGGUGAAGAGGCAGGAAGGCCCCAGAGUGAGCACGAGCCACUGCUGGCUUCAGUCCUGGUCCCAGAAAGCAGUUCAGUGACGCCAGGCCCCCCCAGUCCAGCCCCAGGCAGUGUUCUUUCCCAGCCGUCCUGUGACCAAAGGCCCCUGCAGCUGAGAGUCAAAGCAGGUGUGUGUGAAAGCAGUGUGGCAACUGCAGACUGCAGAGCACUUAAACAGCUCACCUCCUUAGCCCAGGCCUGUCCCUCGAGCAGCCUCGCGCAAACCGUGUUGCCUGGUGGGGCCCAGUGUACUUAAAUAAAGGUGUUCCGAUAGACGCA